CCUGGACAGUAUUACAGUUGGGAGGUUCAGAGCUGGAUGCUGUUGAGAGAGGCUGUGGUCAGUGUGAGAUUGACCAAUGCGAUGGGAGUGUGGGAUAUGGAGGAAGCCCAGAUGAAAGUGGAGAAACAACACUGGAUGCAAUGAUUAUGGAUGGCAACACUAUGGAAGUUGGGGCAGUUGCGGAUCUCAGACGUGUAAAAAAUGCAAUUGGCGUAGCACGAAAGGUCAUUGAAUACACUAAGCAUACAUUAUUAGUGGGAGAGUCAGCCUCCUUGUUUGCUGUAAGAAUGGGGUUUCCGUAUGAAGAUUUAACUACCCCAAAAUCUCUUUUGAUGUAUUCAAACUGGCUUAAUCAGAGCUGUCAGCCGAACUACUGGAAGAAUGUGGUGCCAGACUCUUCAAAAUCCUGUGGACCAUACAAACGGCCUGAAAAAGUAACUUGCAAAGAACAGACCAUCUUGGAGAGAAGUGUUCAUAAUCAUGAUACUAUUGGUAUGGUUGUAAUUGGUGAGAGUGGAACUGUGGCUUCUGGGACAUCUACUAAUGGGGCAGUCCACAAAAUUCCAGGUCGUGUCGGAGAUUCUCCAAUAGCUGGAGCAGGAUCCUAUGCGGAUAGUACAGCUGGAGGAGCUGCAGCCACUGGGGAUGGUGAUAUCAUGAUGCGCUUCUUACCCAGUUACCAAGCUGUGGAGUAUAUGAGGAUGGGAACAGACCCAACAAUAGCCUGUCAGAAAGUUAUUUCCAGAAUCCAGAAGUACUCUCCAAAGUUCUUUGGCGCUGUUAUAUGUGCCAAUACAACUGGAAGUUAUGGUGCUGCAUGUAAUAAAAUUCCAGGAUUCACUCAGUUUCACUUCAUGGUUUCUAGCCCUUGGCUAAGUCAGCCAACUGAGCAAAUAGUAGAUUGCAUUUAAUUUCUUUUGUCCUGUUAACAUCUGAACUUUGAGGAGGACAGUGCUAAGGUUCUUCAGGUGUUACGUUUUAAAAUUCUUUUUUAUUUUCACGGUUGCAUAAUUGUAUGAACAAGUACAAAGGUAUGUUGAUGC